AUGUAUAAGGACCAUGUGUAUGAACUAAUUGGAAAGGGAACUGGAGCCAGAGAUGUACAGAAACCUGGAGUAUCUGAACAAAAGGUAGAUCAUGCAGACCGUCAACGUAAAUCUAAUAGAAAAGUAAAGCAUAGUUCAACAGAAAAACCCAAAUCUGAAGAUGCAGCUCGUUUGGUUGAACAGCUGGAAUAUGAGCGCAAGCAACAUGAAAAUGUUAAGAAAAAAGCAAAGACUAGACAUAUCUCAUUAACGAAACCUGAACCACCCACAGGCAAGCUGAAUGCUGAAGAACAUGUAUAUGAUCCAGUUGCUGAAGAUCCAGAUUGGCAUAAAGAGCACAUAUAUGAUACGGUUGCAGGAAGCCAAUAUCAGAUGCAAGAACACAUCUAUGAUACAGUGACUGAAGAUCAGAAUUGGGAAGAAGACCAUAUAUAUGAAACAAUAGGAUCACAUAGAGACAUCUUGAAGGAACCAGCAGUGAGUAUUGAAUCACAGGAUGAUCAGUUAGGAUACGAUGAAGAAAAGAAUGAUUAUGUUUUCUAUGGAGAAUAUAGUGAAAGUGAGUCCCACCCAGUGCCAGCUCCAAAAGUUCCUACUUCUCCAGACCAGGAAAAAAGAAAUAGACACAGAACCAAUGUCAUCAAUGAGAUUAUAAACAAAGAGCGAGACUAUGUCAAGAACUUAAAGGACAUCUAUGAGGGUUACUACAAGCGUUGUCAAAAAUAUCCUGAUAUGUUCUCACAAGAACGACUGUAUACCAUCUUUGCAAACAUUGACAACAUUUACAAAUUCCAGAAGAAGUUCCUGAAAUGUCUAGAGAGGGCAUAUAAUUCACAACAGCCAUACUUGACUGCAUUUGGCUUCUGCUUCCUCGAUUAUGCUCAAGGUUUCCUGAUCUACUCUGAUUACUGCAACAACCACCCCAAUGCUGUCUCAGAAAUCAGUAAACUCCUGAAGAUACAAGAGUAUGCCUUAUUUUUUGAGACCUGCCGACUGCACCAGCGCAUGAUGAACCUCUCAAUGGAUGCCUACCUGAUAAUGCCAGUGCAGAAAAUCUGUAAAUAUCCACUGCAGCUGAUGGAGCUACUGAAGGCCACUGAAUCUUGUCACAUGGAUUACAAAGACGUAGAUUCUGCCACAACAGCGAUGAAGAAUAUUGCCAAUGUGAUUAAUGAACGCAAGAGACGGAUUGAAAAUCUUGAUAAGCUCCCAAGGUGGCAGCAUACAGUUAUGAAUUGGAAGGGAGAAGAUCUUUUGGAACGCAGCUCUGAAUUAAUUCAAAGCGGUGAAUUAAUUGUCGUCAUGAAGCCUCAAGGCAAAAGCAAAGACAUGAUAGUUUUCCUCUUUGACCAUCAAGCAAUCUUAUGUAAGAAGGAUAUUCUACGUCGUGACAUCUUAUACUACAAGAACAGAAUAGACGUUGAUAAUAUUCUGGUGGUAGACAUAAACGAUGGAAAAGAUUGGGAAUUCAAUGUCAAGGUUAAAAAUGCUUUCAAACUUCAAAGUAAGCUUGUAGACGAUGAGGUGCAUCUAUUCUGUGCAAAGAAAUCUUCAGAGAAACUGCUGUGGCUUCAUGCCUUUGAGGAUGAAAGGAAACUGGUUAGAAAUGAUGAAGAAUCAGGCUUUGUCAUCACUGAAGCUCAAAAACAGAAGGCGAAAAUUCUUGCAAAAAAGCCAAUGAAGAAGAAAAGAGGUGAUUUUGCUGAUAUUAAAUAA